AUGGCCCGCGGCGCUCUGCCAGGGCUCGUCCUCAUCUUCCCGGGCAUCUUCCUGCCAAGGCCUGGCACAGCCAAUGCGGGACCUGAGAAGCAGCCCCCCAGGACACGGGCCAGCCAGGGAAGCAGAGUCGGGUCCGAGGCUGGGAAGUUUGUUGGAGCGGGAGAGCCUGCUCUGGGGCUGAGUGGCGUCUACAGGUUCCUCCUGAUUUUCUCCACUGGGGAGGCACCCAUCGUGGCCAGUCCUGUGUUCAGGUACUUUGGGCUCUUCUGCUCUACCAGGACCACCCUCAGCCGACAUUUCUCCAAACCCUCCUUACGUGGAGCACCAAGUACUGUGGUCUCUGCAGGAGACACAGUGACCCUCCUGUGCCAGGCGUCACCCACCUAUCAUAACCCCAAAUUCACGUUCUCUCUGCUGAAGGCUGGGGUGCCCCAUCCCGUACAGCGCCAGAGCCCAGAAGGGCGUGAGGCCAACUUCACUCUCCCGUCUGUGAAGGCUGAGGAUGCUGGGAGCUACAGCUGCAUUGACUCACUGGAAGGGAGAGCAUCAUCUCCCAGUGACGCCCUGCACUUGGAGGUGACAGGACUAGUCAGGGAGAGUCAGGCCCAGAGCAUGGAGAUCAUGCUGGGCCAAAGGCACCUCAGGGAGAGCAACAGCCUGUGGCCCGGCUCUCCAGAGUCCCUUUAUAGGGGGCCCUGGUGGCUCCUGGAGGUUCCCCUGAAAAGGCAAAGGGGGCCUGGGGAGGCUGCAACAGCCUCAAGCUACAGCCCUGCUCAAAGACUUCAGAGCUUUCCCCAGAGCCCCUGCCUAGAAUGUGGGCUGCCUGUCCUUCCCUCUCCAGAGCUAGCUGAGCAGCGGGCCUUGGGCUUUGGCUCUGAGCUCUGCAGGAAAGGCCCCGGGGCGCCUCCUGAGACAGGCCCAAACUUUCGGGUGGCCCCCCCACACCCCCUUUGUGUCCAGGGGCUGGAGAGGACCUUCCUCCGGGGUGCUGCCCCCUUCUUCCUUGUCCUGCCUUGCAUGGGACCCGGGGAAUGCUGCCAGCUGGCCCCCCCUGACCCUCCUGACCCAUGCAUGUGGUCACAACGGGGGCCUCCUGGCUGUGUUACGCCUGCGAGGCUGCCCCUUCUUAGCUCAGCUGUCCCAGAGAGCCAUAGCCAGUCUGCCCUCCCCGCAGAGAGUAUCCUGGCCCUCCUCCAGCAGCCCCCUCCACCCCCACCCCAGAGCCCUGAUCUUCAGGCGCACCGAGACUCCCUGAGCCCAAUGAAACCCCGGAAACCCUCACCAGUUGUUCUGCCCGGAGAGCUCCACCUGCCGGAAGUGGAAGCGGAACUAUCCUUCCCGCUGUGCUUCCCCAAGCCUGGCCCUCUACAGAGAGCCGUGGCGGAGGGCAACUACCCGCCCCUCGGGCCGUUCACGGCCAUGUUCGAGAGUGACUUUCUGCAGGUCACCAACAAGGGGGAGCCUGUCUUCCUGCACAAGAAGGAGAACCCGGUGACCAUGGCUGUGGCCUCCUCCUUCCCGGGGCUCCUGCUCCCGGACCUCGUCCUGCUGGCCCGGCCCGUCCAAAGCAAGAAGCAGCCUCCGCGGCUGGAGCUCACCAGGCUGCUGCCGGCACAGCUGGUCCGCCUGUUUGUCCACAGCGAGGCCGGAUGGAGGCUGAAGCUCCGCCUGGCCUCCGGCCGCAGUUUCUACCUGAGGCUGGUGGCCGAGCCGGCCGAGGGCUGCCUCCUGUUCAACCGCUGGCGCUUCCUGAUCUUCCUGAUGCAGGGGCCCAUCCCGGCCUGGGCCCGGAGCCCCGACGAGCAGGCCGCCCAGGACGAGAGCGCCCCGAUGUCCGCAGCGGAGGCCCCCCCCAAACGGAAGGAGGUGGCCUUCCCUCCCCAGUACCCCGUCCCGAGGACCAAGGGGAGCCCGGGCUGGACCUGGGACAAAGCACUGCACUACCCUGGGCCGCUCUCCCAACUGAUGGACCAGCAGAGCGCCCCGGCCCUCCCGGAAGUGAUGUCGGAAGUGAUGUCGAGAGCGGAAGCCGCCCCCAUGUCCUUCCGGUCCCAGCAGAAGCUCCCAGUCAGGAGAGAAGAGCAGCAGAAGAGGAGCACCCCGGGGAGCCUAGUGGAAGUGGAAGGGCAGCCGAGAGUCACCAUCCGGACUCUGUUCUCCACAAUUUCCGGGUCUCACCUGUCUAAGGCUGCCUCACCAGCGGAGACGUCCUCUUCAGGGCCCUCCAGGCCACCCUCCCAAGAGCACCCCCAGGAGCCGGGCACUGCCAACAAGCUGCCGCUCCCCCAAGAGCAGCCGCAGCCCCAGGAGCUCCCCCAAGAGCAGCCGCAGCCCCAGGAGCUCCCCCAAGAGCAGCCGCAGCCCCAGGAGUUCCCCCAAGACCAGCCGCAGCCCCAGGAGCUCCCCCAAGACCAGCCGCAGCCCCAAGAGCUCCCCCAAGACCAGCCGCAGCCCCAGGAGCUCCCCCAAGACCAGCCGCAGCCCCAGGAGCUCCCCCAAGACCAGCCGCAGCCCCAGGAGCUCCCCCAAGAGCAGCCGCAGCCCCAGGAGCUCCCCCAAGAGCAGCCGCAGCCCCAGGAGCUCCCCCAAGAGCAGCCGCAGCCCCAAGAGCUCCCCCAAGACCAGCCGCAGCCCCAGGAGCUCCCCCAAGAGCAGCCGCAGCCCCAGGAGCUCCCCCAAGACCAGCCGCAGCCCCAGGAGCUCCCCCAAGACCAGCUGCAGCCGCAGCCCCAAGAGGGCCCCCAAGAGAGGCGCCAUUCCAAGAGGCACCACCACCACUCAAAACACCACCACCACCAUUCAAAAUGGCAGCAGCUCCCCCAAGAGCAGCCACAGCCCCGAAGGCUGUGCAAAUGCCCGAGCAUGCAGGAGCCGCCACUGCGGGUUAAGGUUCGGGAAACCUUAGGGGAGCCCAGAACACUGGCCGAAGGUCUUUUAAAAAAAAUUGAGGCCUGGGAUGCCUGGCGGUUCGGGUGGGUCCGCUGCCAGCCUCCGGAAGCCGCCGGGGUCGCCACAGAGCAGCCCAAGGACAACCCGAGGGACGGUCCGGAGCCCACCCAGGCCUCACAGCCCUGCGCCAGUUUCAAGGCUCUGAGGAAGGCUAUCCAGAAGCCACCGAGCUGGCUCACCAGAGCAUGGCAACAGGGCAAAAAGGUGGUCUGCACCUGUACCAGGGGCUCCAGCUAAUCCCCUGCCCAGGCCACCUAACUGCAUUAGAUUUUUUUUUUAUUUUUUUAAAAUAUAUUUUAUUUGAUUAUU